AUGAUUCAUCCGCACCUGCCACUCUGCAAGUCUGGGGUGUUAUACGAAAAGGAGAUGACCAAGGACUACCUGGGAUGGACCGGAAGAAAGAAAAAUGGAAGCAGUAUCUCAGUGGAAAGUGAUCCAGACAGCUUUUGCCGCCAACCUGAAAACAUGGAGGCGUAAGGACGGGAACCAUUCUGUUUAUUUCUAUGUUUUAGACCUUCUGUGUAUAUGGGAUCUGAACUCAUCUUCAUCAUUCAUAUAACAGAACCAGUGAUAAAAUCCUUGGAAUUACAAUGAGAUAUACCAGAAGCAUUUCCAUAUUUUGUAGUAUUAUUAUGUCAGUGCAUGGCUGGGCUUCAAAGCUGCCAGAAGAAAGGGAAUUGACUACCAACUGCUCCAACAUGUCUCUAAGAAAGGUUCCUUCAGGCUUGUCCCCAGCGACAACCACACUGGAUUUAUCCUACAACCUACUUUUUCAACUCCAGAGUUCAGAUUUUCGUUCUGUCUCUAAACUAAAAUUCUUGAGUCUAUGUCAUAAUAGAAUCCAAGAGCUGGAUAUCAAGACCUUUGAAUUCAACAAGGAGUUAACAUAUUUAGAUUUGUCUUACAACAGACUGAAGACCGUUACAUGGUAUUCACUGAAAGGUCUCAGACAUUUAGAUCUUUCUUUCAAUGACUUUGACACCAUGCCUAUCUGUGAGGAGGUAGGCAACAUGUCACACCUGGAAACCCUAGGUUUGAGUGGGGCAAAAAUACGAAAGUCAGAUAUCCAGAAAAUCUCUUACUUGCAUCUAAAUACUGUCUUCUUAGGAUUGAGAACUCUUUCUUAUUAUGAAGAAGGUAGCCUGCCCAUCUUAAAUACAACAAAACUUCACAUUGUUUUGCCAAUGAACACAAAUUUCUGGGUUCUUUUGCGUGAUGGAAUCAAGACUUCAAAAAUAUUAGAAGUGACAAAUAUAGAUGGCAAAAACCAAUUUGCAAGUUAUGAAACUCAACAAAGUCUUAUUGUAGAGAAUUCCAAGACAUCUAUUCUAUUGCUUAAUAAAGUUGAUUUACUCUGGGAUGAUCUUCUCCUCAUCUUUCAAUUUGUUUGCCAUGCUUCAGUAGAAUACUUUCAAAUUCAGCAUUUGACUUUUGGAGGCAAGGUUUAUCUUGACCACAAUUCAUUUGAUUACUCAAAUACUGUGAUGAGAACUAUAAAACUGGAGCAUGUACAUUUUAGAAUUUUUAAUAUUCCACAAGAGAGUGUCUACUUGCUUUUUACCAAAAUGGAUAUAGAAAACCUGACAAUAUCAGAUGCACAAAUGCCACACGUGCUAUUCCCUACUUAUCCUACAAGAUUCCAGUAUUUAAAUUUUGCUAAUAAUGUCUUAACAGAUGACCUGUUUAAAAAACCUGUUCAAUUGCCUCAUUUGAAAACUCUCAUUUUAAAGAACAAUAAAUUAGAGACAUUUUCCUUAGUGAGUUGCUUUGCUAACAACACAUCCUUGAAGCACUUAGAUCUGAGCCAAAAUCUGUUACAACAUGAAAAUGAUGAAAAUUGCUUUUGGCCAGAAACCCUAAUUGCCAUGAACCUGUCAUGCAAUAAAUUUGCUGAUUCUGUGUUCAGGUGCUUGCCCACAAGUAUUCAAAUACUUGACCUGAACAAUAACAAAAUUCAAACUGUUCCUAAAGAGAUUAUUCAUCUGAAUUCUUUGCAAGAGCUAAAUCUUGCGUUUAAUUUUCUAACUGAUCUUCCUGGGUGCAGUCAUUUUAGAAGGCUUUCAAUUCUAAACAUUGAAAUGAACUUAAUUCUCAGCCCAUCUCUGGAUUUUUUUCAGAGCUGCCGGGAAGUUAAGACUCUAAAUGCGGGAAGAAAUCCAUUCCGGUGUACUUGUGAAUUAAGAGAUUUCAUUCAGCUUGGAAAACGUUCAGAGGGCAUGAUGGUCAGAUGGUCAGAUUCAUACAUUUGUAAAUACCCUUUGAAGCUAAAGGGGACUCGGUUAAAGGAUGUUUACCUUCCUGAAUUAUCCUGCAACACAGCUCUGUUGAUUGUCACUAUUGUGAUUAUCAUGCUCGUUCUGGGGACGGCCACAGCCUUCUGCUACAUGCACCUGGAUAUUCCCUGGUAUCUCAGGAUGCUGGGUCAGUGGACACAGACAUGGCACAGAGUUAGGAAAACAACCCAAGAACAACUCCAGAGAAAUGUCCAAUUCCAUGUGUUCAUUUCAUACAGUGAACAUGACUCUGCCUGGGUGAAGCACGAAUUGAUCCCUAAUCUAGAGAAAGAAGAUGGUUCUGUCUCAAUUUGCCUUCGUGAGGGAAACUUUGACCCUGGCAAGUCAGUUGCUGAGAAUAUCCUAAACUGCAUUGAGAAAAGCUAUAAGUCCAUCUUUGUUUUGUCUCCCAACUUUGUCCAGAGUGAGUGGGGCCAGUAUGAACUCUACUUUGCCCAUCACCAUCUCUUCCAUGAAACUUCUGACUACAUAAUUCUUAUCUUACUGGAACCCAUUCCACUCUACUGCAUCCCUACCAGGUAUGCAAAGCUGAAAACUCUCAUGGAAAAGAAAGCAUACUUGGAAUGGCCCAAGGAUAGGCGUAAAUGUGGACUUUUUUGGGCAAAUCUUCGAGCUGCUAUUAAUGUCAAUUUAUUAGAAAUCAGAGAGAUGUGUGAACUACAGACAUUCCCAGAGCUGAAUGAAGAAUCUCGAGGUUCUGCAAUCUCUCUGAUAAGAACAGACUGCCUAUAAAACCCCACCCUCCCCUAGGGAAGUUGGGGCCUGUAUACACUGUUGGGAUAUAAAUUGAUAAAACCUUUAUGAUGACAAAUUGGCAAUAUUUAUUAAAAUGAAAAAUGAUCAUGCCUUCAUGUCAGUUUCUUACAGGAUUUCUAAGAAUGUAUCCUACAGAAACACAAGCUUGCAAAGGUUUAUGUAAAAAAGAUCUUUGUCCCAGCAUUGCUUAUAAUCAUGAAAAACUGAAAACAGCUCAAAUAUCUACAAAAUAAGGAUGGAUUCAAUAAAUUAUAGUAUGUUGAUGCAAUAGAAUAUUAGGCAACCAUUAAAAAGAAUGACGUAGCUCUAUAUUUGCUGGCAUAGAGAAAAUUAUGUUAAUUUAUUCAUUGAAAUAAAAGUCUAAAGGACUCUUGACCAGUACAGUGGUGUAGGAACAGUGGUUUGGGUCUGGGAGGUUGGAUUACAGGGAGCAUUUUGUUUCUAUGUUGUAUAUUUCUAUAAUGUUGGAGUUGCUUAAAAUAAAUUUCUACUUCUUUUAUACACAGGAAAAUAACAAUAAAGAUAACUUUUUAAAGCCUA